GAUUUCAGUUUUUCUGACUGUUAAAUGAAAGGAUGAUUGCUUACAAACAGAAAAAGACAAAGAAAAAGCGUGUUUGGACAUCAGGCCAACUAUCUGCAGAUGUUACAGCUUCUGAAAUGGGGCUCAAGUCCAUAAGUUCUAACUCCAUUUUUGAUCCGGAUUACAUCAAGGAGUUGGUGAAUGAUAUCAGGAAGUUCUCCCAUAUGUUACUAUAUUUGAAAGAAGCUAUCUUUUCAGAUCGUUUUAAAGAAAUAAUUCAUAUACGUCUGGACGAACUUCUCCGUGUUUUAAAGUCUAUAAUGAAUAAACAUCAGAACCUCAAUUCCAUUGAUCUUCAAAAUGCUGCAGAAAUGCUUACUGCGAAAGUGAAAGCUGUGAACUUCACGGAAGUCAAUGAAGAAAACAAAAACGAUCUCUUCCGAGAAGUGUUUUCUUCUAUUGAAACUUUGGCAUUUACCUUUGGGAAUAUCCUUACAAGCUUCCUUAUGGGAGAUGUAGGCAGUGAUUCAUUGUUGCGACUACCUGUUUCUCAGGAAAGUAAGUCUUUGGAAAACGUUUCUUUGGAAUCAGUGGACUCAUCCAAUGAAAAAGGAACUUUUUCUGCUCUAGAGCUAGACAGCGUGCUGUUAAAGAACACUGACUCUAUAGAGCUGGCUUUGUCAUAUGCUAAAACCUGGUCAAAAUAUACCAAGAACAUAGUUUCGUGGGUUGAAAAAAAACUUAACUUGGAAUUGGAGUCUGCUAGAAAUAUUGUAAAGUUGGCAGAGGCAACUAGAACUAACGUUGGAGCACAGGAAUUUAUGCCACUGCAGUCUCUAUUUACCAAUGCUCUUCUUAAUGAUAUAGAGAGCAGUCACCUUUUGCAACAAACAAUUGCAGCUCUCCAAGCCAACAAAUUUGUACAGCCUCUACUUGGGAGGAAAAAUGAAAUGGAAAAACAAAGAAAAGAAAUAAAAGAACUUUGGAAACAGGAACAAAAUAAAAUGUUCGAAACGGAGAAUGCUCUCAAAAAGGCAAAAGUGUUAUGCAUGCAACGUCAGGACGAAUAUGAGAAAGCAAAAUCUUCCAUGUUUCGUGCGGAGGAGGAGCACCUGUGUUCAAGUGGGGGAUUACCAAAAAAUCUUAACAAGCAACUAGAAAAAAAGCGAAGGUUGGAAGAGGAGGCUCUCCAAAAGGUAGAAGAAGCAAAUGAACUUUACAAAGUUUGUGUGACAAAUGUUGAAGAAAGACGAAAUGAUCUAGAAAAUACCAAAAGAGAAAUUUUAGCACAACUACGGACACUUGUAUUCCAGUGUGACCUUACUCUUAAAGCUGUAACAGUCAACCUCUUCCAGAUGCAGCACCUACAGGCUGCCUCCCUUGCAGACAGCCUACAGUCUCUCUGUGAUAGUGCCAAACUCUAUGAUCCAGGCCAAGAGUACAGUGAAUUUGUCAAGGCCACAAAUUCAAUGGAAGAAGAAAAAGUUGAUGGGAAUGUAAAUAAACAGUUAACAAAUAGUCCCCAAACUUCUGGAUAUGGGCCUGCUGGUUCUUUAGAGGAUGUUGGGCGCCCUUCUGACAUUUCUAAUAAAAUUGAAGAGGACAGAUGCUCCAACAGUGCAGAUAUAACAGGUCCUUCUUUUAUAAGAUCAUGGACAUUUGGAAUGUUUAGUGACUCUGAGAGUACUGGAGGCAGCAGUGAAUCUAGAUCUCUGGAUUCAGAAUCUAUAAGUCCAGGAGACUUUCAUAGAAAACUUCCACGAACUCCAUCGAGUGGAACCAUGUCCUCCGCAGAUGAUCUGGAUGAAAGAGAGCCACCUUCCCCUUCAGAAGCUGGUCCCAAUUCCCUUGGAGCAUUUAAGAAAACAUUGAUGUCCAAGGCAGCUCUCACUCACAAGUUUCGCAAAUUGCGAUCCCCCACGAAAUGUAGAGAUUGUGAAGGCAUUGUAGUGUUCCAAGGUGUUGAAUGUGAAGAGUGUCUCCUUGUUUGUCACCGAAAGUGUUUGGAAAAUUUAGUCAUCAUUUGUGGCCAUCAGAAACUUUCAGGAAAAAUACACAUAUUUGGAGCGGAAUUUACACAAGUUGCAAAAAAGGAACCAGAUGGCAUCCCUUUUAUACUCAAAAUAUGUGCCUCAGAGAUUGAAAAUAGAGCCUUGUGUCUACAGGGAAUUUAUCGUGUGUGUGGAAACAAAAUAAAAACCGAAAAGCUGUGUCAAGCUUUGGAAAAUGGAAUGCACUUGGUAGACAUUUCAGAUUUUAGUUCACAUGACAUCUGUGACGUCUUAAAAUUAUACCUUCGGCAGCUCCCGGAACCAUUUAUUUUAUUCCGGUUAUACAAGGAAUUUAUAGACCUUGCAAAAGAGAUUCAUCGUGUAAAUGAAGAACAAGAGACAAAAAAAGAUAGCUCUGAGGACAAAAAAUGGCCAAAUAUGUGUAUAGAAAUAAACCGAAUUCUUCUAAAAAGUAAGGACCUUCUACGACAGUUGCCAGCAUCAAACUUUAACAGUCUUCAUUAUCUCAUAGUACACCUUAAACGUGUAGUAGAUCAUGCAGAAGAAAACAAGAUGAACUCCAAGAACUUGGGGGUGAUAUUUGGACCAAGCCUCGUCAGGCCAAGGCCCACAGCUGCUCCUGUCACCAUCUCCUCCCUAGCAGAGUAUUCGAAUCAAGCGCGGCUGGUGGAAUUCCUCAUCACGUACUCACAGAAGAUCUUCGAUGGGUCCCUGCAGCCGCAGGAUGCUGCGUGCAGUCCAGGUGUUAUUGCACCUCAGGUCGAUCAAGGCUGUCUUUCGAAGCCUCUGUUGUCACCAGAAGAAAGAGACACAGAACAUUCCAUGAAAUCAUUAUUUUUUUCUUCAAAGGAAGAUGUUCAUAUUGCAGAUAGUGAAAGCACAAUUUUUGAACCAGCUACAUCAUUUGAGGAAUCAGAACGCAAGCAAACUUCAUUAGGAAAAUGUGACACCUGUCUCAAUAACAAAGUACAUUUGCUUUUAGACCACGAGCUUGAAUCAGCAUCCCAGAAGAUAGAAGACGUUUGUAAAUCCCCUAAGCUACUUUCUCUAAAAUCUGAUAGGGCAGCAAACAAGGUGGAGAGGCAUACUCCAAGGGCCAAGAUUAGACCUGUAAGUUUGCCUGUGGAUAGACUACUUCUGACAAGCCCUCCCAGUGAGAGAAGUUUGGGAAAUGUGAAUUUAGACAAGUUUUUCAAGAAUCCUACCUUCGAAGGAAUUAAUAGAAAAGACACCCCUACUACUGUUUGUUCCAAAUUUAAUGGCUUUGACCAGCAAACUCUACAAAAAACUCAGGACAAACAGUGUGAACAAAACAAUGUAACUGCCAAGACUGCAAUGAUUGUGCCCAACGCACUCCAGGAAAAAGGAUUAACGACAAGUGCCAGGAUUGGGGGGAGCCCGUCCAUCAGUGCCUCCCAGCCCAGUAAGCCAUUCGCAGAGCCAGUAAGGUCUGCAAGAGAGGCUUUCGAGAGGCGCUCCUCUGACUCCUGCUCGCUCGCUCCGGUCAGAGUGCCUAGAACACUACAGCCCCAACACUGGACAACAUUUUAUAAACCACCCGCUCCCACUGCCUGUGCCAGGGGUAGCGAGGAGAAACCAGCUUCUCCCUCGGCAGCACUGCCUCCCGGUGCAGCCCACGAUCCCCAGGGUUACGUGGUGAAGUCCACGCCAGACUCUGACAGAGCAGCAGCUUGUCCCAGGCAGACGACCAGUCAACCUAAGGAGAACUCUGAGGAGCAUGGCUUGCCUGAUGUGAACCCAGCAUGUCAGAGGCCACGGCUAAAACGAAUGCAGCAGUUUGAAGACCUUGAAGAUGAAGCGCCACAAUUUGUGUAGGGUUGUCACAAUUCAGGCUUUCUUUUUUUGUUGUUUUGGGGCAUUGUGUUUGUAU